AUGGAAAAGGCCCCUGACGACGAAGAACGUGACCGCGAGCCAACAGUCUUCGGAGCCCAUCCAGUUGACUCACCAUUGUCCAAUGCAUCGCCAGCCCGUCUGGAAUAUACCUACCCUGAAGGAGGACGCAGGGCUUGGCUAGCAGUUGCUGGUGCCUGGUGCUGCAACUUUUCCUCUUUUGGCUGGACCAGCAGCAUUGGCGUCUUCCAAGCAUAUUAUUCAGAGCACCAGCUCUCCUCGUAUUCAUCGUCCUCGGUAUCAUGGAUCCCUUCGGCUAACCUGUUUAUGUUGAUUGUCCUGGCGCCUGUGUUUGGAAAGAUAUUUGACAACUAUGGACCCCGUUACGCCGUGAUAUUAGGCGCGUGCGCUCACAUUCUGGGUCUAGUAUUUUUGAGCCUGAGCACGGAAUACUACCAAAUGUUUCUCUCCCAGAGUAUUCUAUCGGGAAUCGGUGCAUGCUCCCUUUUCUAUUCUGGAAUAAACGCAGUUAGCACCUACUUCAAAAGAAGAAAGGCUCUCGCUAAUGGUAUUGUGGCUAGUGGCUCAUCGCUGGGAGGCGUUAUCCUACCAAUCAUGUUCGACUACUUGAUAGCGGACGGAUUGAGCUUCGGUUGGACAAUUCGUGCUAUUGCAUUGACGUUUCUCAUUCUGCUCUCGUUUGCUAGCUUCGUUACGACCUCAAAUCUCAAGCAUCAGCCAAAGCCAGUUUCUUUGUUGUCCUUCGUGCGCCCAUUCAAGGAGCUCAAAUUCGUCCUGCUGGCAUUAGCUGCCUUCUUUACCUUCUGGGGUGUAUUCAUUCCCAUCAACUACAUCGUCGUCUAUGCGAAGAGUCUGGGAAUGUCAUCGAUCUUCUCGAACUACCAACUUGUCGCAUUGAAUGCAGCGAGCGUUCUAGCACGUGUCGGGUGUGGAUUCAUCGGCGAUCGAUACGGCUGCUUCAACACGAUCAUCAUCAAUGUCGUGAUUGUCAUUGUGUCGAUAUUUGUGCUUUGGUUUAUCGACACACCUGGAACGACUAUGGCAUUCAGUAUCGUCUUUGGCUGGGGCUCUGGCUCUUUUAUUUCUUUACUCCCUGCCUGUAUCGCCCGGAUCUCCGACAUAAGGGAAAUCGGUGUGCGAGUGGGGAUGAUCUAUUUCGUCUCGGCGUUUGCCUGUCUAACAGGUAACCCGAUUAGUGGGGCUUUGAUUCAAGGGACCAACUAUCGCUGGAUGCAGGUCUUUGCGGUCCUCGUGAUCUUUGUGGGACUUUCGUUCUUCGUUGCUCUUCGAAUGGUACAGAGUCGCUCUUUGAUGAAGGUUGUCUGA